UCUGGAUACAGAAGCGUGCCAGGGGAGCCAGGCGGUGAAGGAUCCAGACUGCCGAUCGCAGUCAUUCACUUCGUAUUGAGACUGCAGGCUUUCUCAGAAAACUGUUGGAAGUGAACAAAACCUUCCACUUGGUGACUUCUGCUGUAGGCAUCAGAGGAGGCUUUGGGGCUUCACGGACCCCAAGCUACAGCUGGGUGAAGGACCUGAUGAGACUGCCAAGGACUUGAUGCCCUAGAGGUGACCUUUUUGCAGUUCAGCCCAAUUCAUCCUUGACGCUGCAUGUAAGAAUCCAAGAAGACAGCCCGAUAUAACUGACGUCAGCAAGAACCUCAAAGAAUGGGAGAUCCCCGGGACUACUUGGGGGAUGACAGCCCGCUGAUCACGGCCGCGUACCUGGGGAAGCUGCGGCUGGUGCGGAUGUUGGUAGACGGGGGGGCCCAGGUGAACGAGCGCAACCAGAGAGGCGAGACACCCCUGCUGGCAGCCUGUAAGGCCAUGCUAAAGGGGGAACAAGCUGGCAGCCUCAGUCUGCGGCUCCUGCAGUAUCUGCUGGAUAACCAUGCCGACCCCAACAGCCAGGACAAGGCCGGGCGCACGGCCCUCAUGUACGCAUGCAUGGGACGGGCAGGACCUGAGGUGGCCACAGCGUUAGUUCAGGCAGGGGCCGACCCCAGCAUGGAGGAUUACACAGGGGCCUCGUCGCUGGUCUACGCCAUCAAUGCCCGAGACCAGGCCACGCUCCAGGUUCUGCUGGAUGCCUGUCGGGAGGGCGGGCGUGACAUCAUCAUCAUCGCCACAGAGCUGAGUGCCGGGGGACGCCCCAUCACCCGCCGCUACCUGAACGUGUUGCCCUCGCCGGACACCUCGCCAGUGUCCUGCAUGUCCCCGUCCGAGAUCGAGCUCAAGACCGGCUCGCCAGGUUCGGAAGCUGAGGGCGGAGGGACGAUUUUUGACUUCAGAGCCACGGGGACUGGGGAGGAUGACGCCCGCCGGCUACGCUCGGAGCCCUGUCUCGCCAUCCACAACCUGGCACACCUGCGUAGCUCCUACACAGAAGGCAUCCGGCGGCAGGCCACGCAGGAAGUGUCAGACAGAGAGGACGAGAAAGAAGCCAAGCACUUCCUGUCACCUGAGCUGCCUACUUAUGCAGGAGGCCGGAGGUGGUCCCUCCACACCCUGGGUGGCCAAGCUUGGGAGCAUUGUGAGGCUGCUAAAGGCAGGCCGAGCCUGACAAGGCCAGCACACAGGGGACCUCCAGAGACACUCUCCCUCCCCAGCAAUGCCCCAUUCCUAGGCAGGAGGAACACACUGCCAGCCCUGCAGGACCAGCAUCUGCUCCAGCUGCCCUCCUUGACCAUUCCCCGUCGCACCUCUGACUCCCAGCUACGAGCUCCUUCGCCAGGCUCCCCAGGGCCCCCUGACCCAGGCGUGACGUGGAAGUUUCCAGAGGCUCCAGCACUCAAGUCUCCAGCGAGGAUUGGCUUCCUGCCUCCAAUCCCUGCCAGCGCCACUCAACCCCUGGCAGCCCCCGGUCCCCCACAGGCGACUCCCCAAGGGGGCCAGCGAGGCAGAAGGCCACGGCGCCACUCCAUACAGCUGGAGCGAGAUGAUUCACAAGACAUCCUCACACUCUGAGGGUCUGAAAGGAACUUCGGAGAUUGAAGUCCUCGCAAGUGAGGCUGAGAGGGAUAUCCUAUAUGAGACGCAGAAAUAAAGUCAACAUCGAUUUAGGCAGAUGGGGGGAACCUAAUAACAACAAAGAAUAGCAAUGAGGGUGUCUUGAUUGGAACCACUUUUGGAAAAAUAAGCUAAAAUCUAUUAAAAUCUUUAUUUUGAGAUGAAACAGAUGAUGUCAUCCCGAAGUUAGCGAAUGCCCCCGAUGGCCAGCUGGAUGGCAGCACCUGCAGUCAAUGGCUCAUUGUACCUAAAGUAUCAGUUCAUGGCUGUUUUACUUGCAUAGAAAUGUUCUGAGGGCAGACGGAAAAAUGAUUGGUUCAGAGAGAUAACCAAUCAGAUUGUAGAGGAAGUGGGGCCAAGACAUCUGAUUGUUUGAUCCUACUUCCUCUGGUUGCUUGGACCCACCUCCUCUAUCUCAUUGGUUCAGAGAGAGAACCAAUCAUUUUUUUUUGUAAGUAAAACUCCCACAAGCAAAGUAUCAGGAGGCAGGGAUCCAGUCACGUCGUCUCACAGUAUUAGUUUGGUUCCUUAUGCUAGUUAAUGUAAACAAUGUUUACACACAACCAUUUUAAAGCAGCAGAGUAGUGAACCAUGUAGGGUGAGAAAACUUGUAUCAGAGGUGGAUUUAUUCCCACGAAAAGCCACAUGGAGAGUGGUUUCAUAAGCGCUGAAAACAAAACAGAGUUGUAUG